AGGUGGAAAUAGUGCUAUGUUUAUUCGGAUGAGGGGUAAUACGGCCUGAUUAGAAGUUCACAAGUACCUGUUGUCUAUGCCAUUGGUGUCUAAAAUGCUUAAUUCAGUAUCCUAUUGCAGUUGGAGUUUUUGGGUAGGAGGACGAGCUUUACACAUUUUCUUUUGAAGAAUGUUCAUGAAUUUGGGGGCUUACUUUGAAAAGUAUUACCUGCUUAAAUGCAGCUUUGCUUUUGUUAGUGUGAUUUUUAUUUUAUUUUUUAUGUCUUGUUCCUCUCUUCCCUUAAUCCCAUGCUUCUGGGAGGAACAGGGUGAUCCUGGUUCUAUUUUAAUCAAAUCUGUUUGUGUCAGAAUGCUACAAUUUCAUAAAUAUCUCUAUUUUAAGAUCGUGUAUUCUUGUUCCUCGGUGUAUUUUUGCAAUUCUAAGAAAUAACUGUACUCAACACUUCUGCUGGUGCCUCUGAGGCAGUGUAGGUCAGGCUGUCUGCUGUGAUGUAAGGGAACGAACUUGAGCAGGAAGUUUGAAUUGCUACAUAUCCUGUAGGAUGCUCCACAUUUCCACUCUUCCUGCCAGUGCUGUCAGACAAGGCCAAGUAGAAAAUACUCUAGAAGUUGAUCGUGAAAUUCUUGCCACAGCUAACCAGCUGAUUAUGAAACAGUGCCUCAGACUUGGGAUGAUCUCUUUCAUAGCUCUUAAUUGGUACUGAAAGCAAUGGGAAAGGACAUGCCUGAAGUUCCCAGUCAUCCUGUAUUCAGCAUUUGGCUUUCUAGGCUGCGUGGAUAAGUUAAAAAUCUGGUGGUGUACAUACUUUAGGAAAGAAGUGUCUAACCUGUGUAACUGUCGAAAGAGUCAUUGCUUUAAAGUUCUGCUGAUCAUCAAAAUGAUCUUGGAACUGUUUGACUUUGAGACAUGGUGAAGCCUUGCUUGUUUUUGCUGUUCUAACAGCUGCUGCUGCAGGCUGAGGAGCGAUGUCUCUGACCAGUCUUUCCAUAUGGGGAUGGGGAAGUCUUGGCGUUGUGCUUUUCCUAGUAACUUUUGGACCCUUCGCUAUAUUUUACUUUGCAUUUUAUAUCCUCUGCUUUGUGGGUGGGGGUUUUGUGGUUACUCUUUUAUUUGGAAAAAGCAACUCUGAAAAAUACCUUGAGCAGUGUGAACAUUCGUUUCUUCCUUGUACAUCAGUUGGGAUCCCUAAGUGCAUAGAAGAAAUGAAACGGGAAGCCAGACCUAUUAAGAUUGACAGAAGACUGACGGGUGCAAAUAUAAUUGAUGAGCCUUUGCAACAGGUGAUCCAGUUUUCCCUGAGAGACUAUGUGCAGUAUUGGUAUUACACACUAAGUGAUGAUGAAUCGUUUCUUCUGGAAAUCAGGCAGGCUCUUCAGUAUGCACUUGUUCAGUUUUCUGCCAGGUCAAAGGAAACAGACUGGCAGCCUUAUUUCACUACACGACUUGUUGAUGACUUUGGCACUCAUCUUCGAGUUUUCAGAAAAGCUCAGCAAAGAAUAGCAGAGAAAGGUGAUCAGAUGAAAGGUCAAGCUGAGGAACUUGUAGAUACAUUCUUUGAGGUUGAAGUUGAAAUGGAAAAAGAAGUCUGUCGUGAUCUAGUCUGCACUUCUCCCAAAGAUGAAGAAGGAUUCCUAAGGGAUCUGUGUGAGGUUUUACUGUAUAUAUUGCUACCUCCUGGAGACUUCCAGAACAAGAUCAUGCGAUACUUUGUCAGGGAAAUCCUCUCCCGAGGAAUUCUUCUUCCAUUAAUAAACCAGCUCAGUGAUCCUGAUUAUAUUAAUCAGUAUGUCAUAUGGAUGAUUCGUGAUUCCAACUGUAACUACGAGGCCUUUAUGAAUAUUAUUAAACUAAGUGAUAAUAUAGGAGAGUUGGAAGCAGUGAAAGAUAAAGCAAGUGAAGAACUGCAGUAUCUUCGAUCUCUAGAUACAGCAGGAGAUGAUAUCAACACUAUAAAAAAUCAAAUAAACAGUUUAUUAUAUGUUAUUAAAGUAUGUGAUUCAAGAAUUCAGAGAUUGCAGUCAGGAAAAGAAAUAGAUACUGUGAAACUGGCAGCAAACUUUGGAAAACUUUGCACAGUCCCUCUGGACCAUAUUCUGGUAGACAAUGUUGCACUACAAUUUUUUAUGGAUUACAUGCAGCAGACUGGUGGCCAAGCACAUCUGUUUUUCUGGAUGACAGUGGAAGGAUACAGGGUUACGGCACAGCAACAGCUGGAGGUACUUCAAAGCCGACAGAAAGAUGGAAAACAUCAGACUAAUCAAACCAAGGGUCUAUUAAGAGCAGCUGCAUUUGGAGUUUAUGAGCAAUAUUUAUCAGAAAAGGCAUCUCCAAGAGUUAAUAUUGAUGACAACUUAGUAGCAAAACUGGCAGAAACGCUGAACCAUGAGGAUCCAACACCUGAAAUCUUUGAUGACAUUCAGAGAAAGGUGUAUGAAUUGAUGCUGCGAGAUGAAAGAUUCUACCCUUCAUUCAAACAGAAUGUGUUGUAUGUGCGUAUGUUAGCUGAGCUGGAUAUGCUGAAGGAUCCUAGUUUCAGAGGAUCAGAUGAUGGUGAUGGAGAAUCUUUUAAUGGGUCUCCUACUGGCAGCAUAAAUCUGUCCUUAGAUGACCUUUCAAAUGUCCCUCCCGAUGAGACAGUUCAACUCCAUGCAUACAUCUCAGAUACUGUCUAUGCUGACUAUGACCCAUAUGCUGUGGCAGGAGUGUGUAAUGACCACGGCAAGACAUAUGCACUGUAUGCUAUCACAGUCCAUCGGCGAAAUCCCAACAGUGAAGAGACAUGGAAGACAUAUCGACGCUACAGUGACUUCCAUGACUUUCACAUGAGGAUCACGGAGCAGUUUGAAAACCUUGCAAAUAUACUGAAACUUCCUGGCAAAAAGACAUUUAACAAUAUGGACAGAGAAUUUUUGGAAAAGAGGAAAAAAGAUUUAAAUGCAUAUUUACAGCUCUUGUUAAAUCCUGAAAUGAUGAAGGCUUCUCCAGCUUUAGCCCAUUAUGUGUAUGACUUCCUGGAAAAUAAAGCCUACAGCAAAGGGAAGGGGGAUUUUGCACGGAAGAUGGACACAUUUGUAAACCCACUGCGUAACUCUAUGAGAAAUGUAUCAAAUGCAGUCAAGUCUCUCCCUGACAGCCUGGCAGAGGGAAUGACUAAAAUGUCAGACAACAUGGGUAAAAUGUCAGAGAGAUUGGGACAAGACAUAAAGCAAUCAUUUUUCAAGGUGCCUCCUUUGAUCCAGAAAACCUAUUCAGAUCCUGACCAUUGCCGUGUUGCAGCACCAAUUGAUGACAAUGUGGAUGACAAUAUUCCACUGCGUGUAAUGCUCCUCCUUAUGGAUGAAGUCUUCGAUUUGAAGGAAAGAAAUCAGUGGUUAAGAAGAAACAUAAAAAAUCUGCUUCAGCAACUUAUUAGAGCAACAUAUGGUGACACAAUUAAUAGAAAAAUAGUUGAUCAUGUUGAUUGGAUGACAUCUCCUGAGCAAGUAGCAGAUGCCGUGAAACGCUUCAGAGAUGCUUUUUGGCCCAAUGGCAUUUUAGCAGAGACCGUUCCACGGAGGGACAAAGCUAUUAGAAUGAGAACAAGAGUGGCAGGGAAGACCAAAUUACUGGAAGUAAUGCCAGAUGAACUGAAGCACAUCAUAGGUGCUGAGACAACACGGAAGGGCAUUCUUCGGGUCUUUGAAAUGUUCCAGCACACUCAACUGAAUAAGAGAAUGGUGUACGUGUUUCUGGAGAGAUUCCUAGAAACCUUAUUUCCACAAAAUAAGUUCCAUGAGCUCUUCAACAAACUGCAUUCACGGUCAAAGCAGAUGCAGAGGUAUAAGCAGAGACUACAUUCUACUCAAGCGCCUUCCUUGCAGAAAAGGUGACACUUGAAACCUAUAAAGCUGGUGUAUGUUUGUCCAGGACUAAUUACUUGGGCAGAUUCUCUGGGGCUUCAAACUCACAUGCUGUUAUUUCUGCACCAGUCUUCUAGUGUCACAUAUUAGAUUAUUAAUGCAUCUGUAAGACCUGUGGAUCUUCUCAUCUUCACUUGUAAUUCAACCACUACCAGAAGGGUUUGUGCAUCUUAAAUGAUUUGGUGCGUCUUCAUGCAACAUUGAGAAGAAUACUGGCCCAAUAUAUAAGAAAGCAUGAUUCUUUCCGAUCCUGAGUCGAUGUUUUGCCAGCAAUGAAAAGUGCCAGACUGUUCAAGUAAAGCACAACUAUGGUGAUACAACGGAAGAAAAGGAUGUUUUGGCACUGGGAGAUAGUGCAAUGUGUGAGAAUCAGGUGGAAUUGUUCUAUGUUAUGACUGUCGAGGUUCUGUAGGGCUCUUUUAACAUUCCUGUAAAGGCUGAGCUAACAGGAAAGACGUCUCUGGAAUAGCAGGUUCAUAGGAGAGGGGAGAAAUAGUUAUAGCCCCAUCAUAAAAGUACAUUUAUUAAAGAAAAGUUGAGGUAAUGUGGCUUUUAUGCCACAUUUACUUCACCUUUCAUGUUUUGAAAAAUAAACUAACGUUAGAUCUAAUGGGGGUUUUAGUAAAGGCAGAGGUGCAGUAGAAAUAAACCCUUUAUUCUGAUUAUUCUGUAGCUUUAAGGUGCUAUUCUGCUCUUACAGCACCUGGCAUACAUUUUUGCAUGUAACUUCAGUGAAGAAGGGGCAUCAUAUUUAUGUUCAAUUGGCGUAUUUGGACAUAUGUCAAGUUGAUAUUUGUAGAAGGAAGGGGGUACAUGUUUCAAAGAGGACAGACCAUCAUGUUAGAAGAUGAGGAAAUUGCACUAAGACACAGUUUUACACACAACUCCCCACUAAAAUUUGAAACUCUUUUUGGGUGUAAAAGACUAUGUCCUACUUAAUUGAAAGAUUCCUUACCUUUUCGUCUGUAAGCCUCAUAUGGAAAAAUAUUAGAAUUAGUUGGUUCCUCACAAGUAAAGGAUUUCAUUAGUCAUAUGCAAAAACUUGGAAAUUCCUGAACGCAUGUCAGUGUAUAUAUGAAAAUAAAAAGGAGAUAAAACGACAAUAUUUUUUUAAAUAUUUUUUUUAUUUUUUGCAUAGUGUAAAAUUUUAAUAAAAAUUUAACAUGAAGACCCCACAUCCAUCUGUUUAGUUUCAUUGAAGAAUUUCUGUCCAAUUAAAAACAAAGUAACAACUGAAUAAUCCUGUUUGGCCACAGCAUAUCUCAGUUUGUGUUUUCUUUUUCAUAGUCCCCAACUGUUUGAGCACCACUAUCUGGGUGAAUAGAAAGUAAUCCUAUAGAGUCCGGUUUUUUUCUGAACGCUAAACACAGGGUAGGAUCCAGCUAUUGAUCAGGGAUCUUUGUAGUAAUUUGUGUCUUAAUGGGAACAAAUGAUCCUUUUAUGUGAGGGAGGAACAUAGACCUUUCAUGAAAGCGUUCUAAGAGAAGAUAGAAGGCUCUCAAAGGACCUAGUUAAAUUGACUGAAGCCUCUAUACAGAUCAUUUUUUCUCAUGGACUCUAUUAAUGCAAUGUAGCCUUUUAUCAUAUUCCUUAAUGAUGAUCAUAUUGUACUGUUAACAUUCUCAUACAGUAUGCAUGGGCUCAAGUGCACUUGGUUUUUUUCUUUAUUGCAGAACUAAAUACUGUAAAUGAAAUCCCUUUCUUUUAUAAUCCCUAGGAAGACGAAGUUGGUAAAUAUGUAAGAACCCUUCCCCUUCCUCUCUGCAGGUUCUGUAGAAGCGUGAUGAUUAAGUGCUGUUGAAUUUAACAAAAUUAUUGAGUUCUGUGUGAAGUAAUCAACAUAGCCAACUCCUAUUGUUUACAUGCCUGUAUCUUCCUCUGAUGUCAGGGUGCUCAAGCAUACCUGACAUCUGACUGAUGAAAGAUCGUUCAGCAAUUGUUCUUGGUGAUAUAGUAAAUAUAUCAUUGAUCCUACCAAAUCUAAUUUAUGUCUUUUAAAUCAUUGAAUUUGUUAUGCAGUAUGAAAGUGGGAAGUUCAAAUACUGUUUUGUCGAAUCUGUGGAACCUUUUAUCUAUCUGUAGGUACCAUGAAAAAUUUCAAGAGAAUAGUGAUCACGUGCAAAUUUGGGAUUUUUUUUUUAAAUUAUCUGGUACAUUUCUGUACAAAAAUAAAAUAAUAUCUCUAGGAAUGUGAACAUAAUAUGCCAUGUUUAUUAGUUGUUUUACUUAAUGAAUUUAUUGCGUAUAUAUACCUAUACACACAUUUAUAUACACGUGUGUGCAUAUGUAUAUAUGUAUUGAAGUUUUGUCUUCUGUAUUUAAUUACAGAAUGUGACUUCCGAAUUCAGUGGUGCCUGUUGGCUGGCAAGAAUCAUCAGAAAUGAAUACUUUUUGUUAAAAAGAGUUUGUAUGUAUCUUUAUUUAAAUGGUUUUCCUGUUGACGAUUUAAAAUACCUGCCCUGUCAACCGAUGCAGCCAUUAUCCUAGGAAGUCUCCAAAAUUGAAUGUUAAUAUACAGCACUUAAGUGUCUGAGUGUCUCUUCUGGCCUUUGGGUGCUGGGACUGGCUGCUGAAAAUUGUGCCAUUGUCAACAAAUGCACUUGUUUUAGCCUUAAUUAUUUUUAAGAGAAAAUGAGCAAUUGAACUUUUCAUUUGGUUCAUCCUCAAGCUUGUGCUGCUGGUGUUUGCUAGAACUAAACAGUAAAUUUUAAGUGCUACCAGAAUGUGUACCAAAAUAAAAAUAUAUGAAUUCCACAAUCUAAAUUUUAAUUUUGUGCAAUAUUUUCAUUUAAUGCAUGUGUAUUUGAAUAACUGUAAAAUAAACGAAUUUUUAAUGUUUUGAAGUCUAGGUUAAAAACAUCUUCUCAGCUGAACAGUUUUGCAUUCUGUUGUUGCGUUAGUUAUAUUUAAGGACUUGUUUUAGAAGUCUUAUUUGUUACUCCUUUGUUAAUUCCCUUGUUCUCAAUGAUCCUUGCUCAUCUGAGCAAAGCUCGUAUAUUACAAGGGAAAAAUCUGAAGAGCACAUCUCAUGAAUAUAGCCGUUCUAAAUUACUUGUGCAUAUCAUUGUACAGUAAGUGUCAGCUGUGUGCCUAAUUGUUCUAUUGAUGCUUUUUCCCUCCCUUCCCUCUCCUCUUGUUUCCGUAACAAAGAAUGAACAUGAAACAGGCUGCCAUGGUCACUUCGAACUGAAUGGCAGAGGACUCUGAAAUUUUUUUUUUUUUUUUUUUUUGAGUUUGCAUUUAUGUUCUGUCCAAUAGAAAGCUAAAAAAUUACACUAAUAAAGUAUUA